AUGGAUCCUGAAAGAGCUAACGCAGGACUAGCUGAAAUGCAAGAAACAACGAGAUAUUCAAGGUUCUCGGAUUGUUCUGGUCAAUUUGAAGACGCUAUUGAGAAACUGGCGUUUUUGAACUCAUUUGAUGAUCCUGCCAAAGUGUUCAGCGCUUGCGCACGUAAUGCAAGCGCUUGGUCAAAUGGAUCCGAUUUAACAAGUUCCGUCAGUUCCCUAGCAGCUCGAUAUGACUGCUCUGUUACUCAAAUCGGUUCGGUCAUCCAAUCAAUUUUUCAGCUCUGCGAAAAUGUUUCUAGAGAAAAGGUUUCUGAAGAAGAAUUAAGAAAAAAUCUUGGUUUAUAUCCAUUUAGCAGUGAAAUGUUGCGCUUAAUAUGUUCGUUCAUCUGUAAUCCCCCAUCUUUGCCGCUUUCUUGGCGACCGUUAUUUGCUUCAUCUUCGUACCUUCGUUUUCAUUCGCUCUCUGCUCGUACAGAAAUCAAGAAUUUAUGCCUUUUGAAAGGAGAGUUGCCAUUUAUCUCAUUUAGUGCUACAUAUGCAGUACCAUUCAUAUCUCUGCUUACCAUAAUCUGCGGCAGAAACGCAAGCCUUGCUCAUAAAAGUCUUGAAACUUUACAUGCUAUUCACUGCAGUUCGAGAUAUCUGAUUUAG